UGUGAGGGUACUGGUUGUAAUGUCCAUAAGAGUGACAGCUGUGAGGAGGAUGAUUGUAAGACUGAGAGCAGCAAUGAUGAUGACUGGAGGGGUGAUGGUUAUAAGGUGAUGGCUAUAAAUAGGAGUGAUGGUUGUAGGGGUGAUAGUAGAGGUAAUGAUGGCAGUGAUGACUUUGGUGAUGCAAAGUGACCAGGAACAUUGAUUGGCCCAAUAGGCAGAGAGAUGGUUCAGAUUCUGGUCAGUGAGAUAAGAGGCCAGAGAAAGCCAUAUAAUGUCAAGUUGAUUGGCUGCCUCUGGAGAGACAGAGCAGAAGAACGGGUGAUGGUUGACAUGAGAUGGCAGGAUAGGGACUUUUCUCUGCUUGUUCAACCCAAGAGCCGUCUGCAUCAGAAUCUCUGGAGACUGAAGCUGGGACUUCCUUCCUCCCUAGGGGCCGACAGGGGCUGCGAUUGCUGUAACAACAGGUCACGUGGCAGGGCUUCCUGUAUGCUGCUGCCGCCGGGUGUCCAUGGCCCUCACCCCUAAGCUGCCAGUACAGCAGUCAGAGUGGCAGCCAGAGGCUCGGUCCAUGCCGUGCCCCCUGGACAGCGCAGACGAGGCUGAGCAAGAGGCCUCUGAAUCGCAACACCUAGGAGAGUAAGGACGGAUUAUCACCAAGGCGGAGGACAAUGUUGCGCCGCAAGCCCUCCAACGCCAGCGAGAAGGAGCCCACUCAGAAGAAAAAGCUCUCACUUCAGCGCUCCAGCAGUUUCAAGGAUUUUGCCAAAUCCAAACCCAGCUCCCCAGUGGUGAGCGAGAAGGAAUUUAAUCUGGAUGAUAAUAUUCCAGAAGAUGACUCAGGUGUUCCUGCCCCAGAAGAUGCUGGGAAGAGUGGCAAAAAGCUGGGGAAGAAGUGGAGGGCUGUGAUUUCCCGAACCAUGAACAGGAAGAUGGGCAAGAUGAUGGUGAAGGCCCUGUCAGAGGAGAUGACAGACACUCUGGAGGAGGGCUCACCCUCCCCGACAUCUCCAGACUGCAACCUGGACAGCCCCGGCCCUGAGAAGAUGGUGCUGGCCUUUCCAGAGCAGGAGGAGCGUGAGCUCCUGACACUCAGCCGCCAGGCGUCCACAGGCAGUGAGCUCUGCAGCCCCACCCAAGGCUCUGGCAGCUUCAGGGAGGAACCACCAGCCCCCCAGUACACAGGGCCCUUUUGUGGCCGGGCCCGAGUCCACACCGACUUCACUCCCAGCCCCUAUGACCACGACUCGCUGAAACUGCAGAAAGGAGAUAUGAUUCAGAUAAUUGAAAAGCCACCUGUGGGCACAUGGUUGGGCCUGCUCAAUGGCAGGCUGGGGUCUUUCAAGUUCAUCUACGUGGAUGUGCUGCCUGAGGAGGCUGUGGGGCCUGCCCGCCCCAGCCGCCGACAGAGCAAGGGCAAGAGGCCCAAGCCCAAGACUCUGCAUGAGCUGUUGGAACGCAUCGGCUUGGAGGAGCACACAUCCACUCUGCUUCUCAAUGGCUACCAGACACUGGAGGACUUCAAAGAGCUGCGGGAAACACACCUCAACGAGCUGAACAUCACAGACCCUCAGCACCGGGCCAAGCUGCUCACAGCCGCCGAGUUACUGCUGGAUUAUGACACCGGCAGCGAGGAGGCAGAAGAGGGUGCCGAGAGCAGCCAGGAGCCAGUUGCGCACACCUCGUCGGACCUCAAGGGUGACAUUCCACGUGACUCGGGCUGCUUCGAGGGCUCAGAGAGCGGGCGCGAUGAGGCGGAGCUGGCAGGUGCUGAGGAGCAGCUACAGAGCCUCUCUCUGGCUGGGGAACCUUAAGUGGAGGUGGCAGCGGGCCGAGGCUAGGCCUGAGCACCACAGGCCAUGGGGAUGGGCCUGGCCUCCCACAGUGGCCCGCACUGGAGGACUGGCGCUGAGCCAGACUCUGCUCCACCCCCCAGAGCACGUAGAGGCCACAGAGGCUGGCCAGGGCCCUACAGGCUUGGCUAGAGUGGAUGAGGAGCCACUGAGGGCACAUCUCACCUGACUGCCCCCUCCCUCCACCAGCUACUGACAGCACAACCCUCUCUGGCCACUGCCACAGCAAGUGGGGCACAGAGGAGCCUCCACACCCAUGUCUGCACCACCAAUGCCUCCAAAUUCUCCUCGACACCACAGCACCUUCCCCUGUGGUACUGCUCCUGAAAAGGGUGCCGAGUCAGUGUUUCAGCUCAGUCUCAGGACUCUAGGGAAGCUGGCCAUUUAAAAGGAAUCUAAUAGAUCCCAUGUAAAUUCAGGUUGCCCUCACUAGGUUUGAAGAAAGCCACAUGUACCUUUCCUGCUUAACUUCUUAACUUUAUCAGAGGUUUAGCCACUAAAGCACUAUGUAACUUGAACCAAGUGCCUUCCCCAAUCUGGGUCUAGGACUGGCUGAGAGGUUUGAAGAAAGCCACAUGUACCUUUCCUGCUUAACUUCUUAACUUUAUCAGAGGUUUAGCCACUAAAGCACUAUAUAACUUGAACCAAGUGCCUUCCCCAAUCUGGGUCUAGGACUGGCUGGGAUUAGAAUGCCUUGCCGGGGGGCCGGCCGAGUGGCGCAAUGGUUAAGAGCUGGCUUAGGACAUCAGAGGGCCCCGGUUCGGAUCCCACAUA